UAACUCUCUUUUAAGUUUAUUGAUCUUCUGUUUUGCUUUUUAAAAUGCCUCCAAAAAAAGCAUCUGCAGAGCCGACAGCUGUAAUUGCAAAGGACUCUGAGAAUGAGACCACUGAAACGAAAACUGCAGCUCCUGAAAACUCCAAUGCAAAAGCCGCAGCGCGCAAGGUUUCUCCACAUCCGUCCACGAUGGAGAUGGUGAAAGAAGCUUUAAAGGAGCUGGACUCCAGAAAAGGUGUUUCCGCUCAGGCUAUUCGUGGCUACAUUAAAGAAAAAUACUCCACUGUCGAUGAAACUAGACUGAAGUAUAUGGUGCGGCGAGCCCUGAACAAAGGCAUGGACACUGGUGUGUUUGUGCGACCUGCUAAUUCUGGGUCAACGACGGGUGCUCAGGGACGCUUUCGGAUUGCUGCUAAGACCAAAGCAAAAGAAGCAAAGGCCCAGUCGAAGGAAAAUGCCGAUCCCAAUGCACCAAAACCUAAAAAGGCGAAGGCAACCAAAGCCAAGAGUGAAGGAGCAACCAAAGAAAAGUCCACAAAGAAAAAGGAGACCACAGAUGAUUCUAAGCCGAAGACAUCGGAGCGAAAUGGCACUUCCUCAAAGGUGGCCCCUGCUAAGAAGCCAAAGGCGAAGAAAGCUGCAGGGGAAGGUGGAGCCAAGCCCAAACCCAGCAAAGCUAAAAAAGCCUCUAAAGCAUCAAAAGAGGGAGAGGAGGAACCAGCGGCUAAGAAAGGAGGAAAGAAAACUGCUGCAAAGGCAGAAGACGGUGAAUCUGGAGCUGCAGCCACUGAGAAAGCCCCAGGGAAGCGAGCAAAGAAGUGAUGCACAGACUUAAACUGUUUUUAUUCAUUAUUUAAGUGUUGACCAUUUAUUUUGGUACAGAAGUGCACUAAUAAAAGCUGUUUUACUUAUUUUUGAA